AUGAACAACUUAUUUUCAGUUUUCUCUAGAUGGAGCAAAGCGUCUAAAUGCAAGACAGUGAUAAAACGACUUCAAUGCCGAUUAAAGUUAUUGAAGGACAAGCGCGAUUUAAUUAUAAGACAGUCGCGUGAAGACAUUCUUCGACUUCUAGAAAAUGGUCAAAACCAAAGAGCCUUCGACCGAGCUGAGAAGCUUUACGAGGACCAGGGUACAGUGGAUGUUUAUGAACUACUUGAAAAUUUCUGUGAAUUCAUUAUGAUCAACUUACCGUAUAUUUGGAAAAGCAGGGACUUCCGGAAUGACAUUAAUGGAGCAGCAUCAAGUUUAAUAUAUGCUUCUGCAAGAUGUGGCGGUGAUUUGCCUGAGCUGCUUAAGCUACGUAGGCUGUUUGGUGACCGGUAUGGGAAUAAGUUUGAACUUGCUGCAGUGGAAUUGCUUCCAGGAAAUCUCGUGAUCCCUCCGUUAAUCAAAAAGCUCUCGGCCAAGUCGGUAUCUGACGAUGCCAAAUUCAGGUUGAUGAAAGAAAUAUUUAAAGAAAAUGGAUAUGCCUUCUACUAUGAUGAUUGA